UUAAAGGAUCCAAAAUCUUUGGUUGCAGAACAACUCUCUGACAGCUGUUACGAAUUUUAUGUUGCAGGGGUUAGAAAAUGUGAUAACAUUAAAUUUAGCAAUGAACUCCAUCUCCUUCAUAGAAUCAGACUCUUUCAAGCAGACCCCAAAUCUGAAAUAUCUCGUUCUUUCACAUAACCAACUCAGAGAAAUAAACGGGAAUAUAUUUUCAAAUGCUGCGACAAGUAAUUUAAAAAAACUUUAUAUAAAUGACAAUAAAUUGAUGUUCCUCCCAUUUAAUUUCUUUGUUCGUUUGAGAAAGUUCAAGAAUAUCGUUAUAGCUGGAAAUCCAUGGUACUGCUCUUGUUUGACUAUAGUGGAAAUGCAGCCAGCAGAAAAUGGAAUAGUGGAAAAGUGCAAUGAAAAGUAUAGUAGUGGGGAAAGGGCUGUCUGUAUAAGCGGGAGUGUUGGUGAGAGUAACUGUGUACAUUUAUACAAUGACGAUGUCAGUGGAAGAUACGAAACUUAUAAAAGAACUCUUCCUUUGCCGAAGAAACCAGUAACAUGCACUUUCUAGAUAUUGAUGACAGAAUAUGAAUGUCAUAAUCUAUUAUUAUCUCUAUUUAGACGAAGAGAUAUGUUAGUUUUACAAUUAUAUAACAGCUAAUUAUUUGAAACUAGGUACAGUAAUAAUGCUGGUAAUAAAUUGGUAAUAUUAUAUGUAUUGUUAAGAAAUUAUUAUUUUAGAUUAAUUUAGGUAUUUGUUAUGAAUUAUUAAUUUUGCCAAU